UACCCCUGGGAUCGGUCCAGCCUGAAAUCCAUGCCCCUGGACCUGCGGCAGUUUGAGAAACUGGACACCUAUGCCUCACAGGUGACAGUCAACAGUGGCCUGGAUGAGCUGGUGAGCGACCUGCUCCAGGAGGCCCACAGUGACCUGGAGAGGGUCCGCGUGAUCUGGAUCUGGAUCUGCCACCACAUAGAGUAUGACAUCGAGGCUGCCCAGGAGAAGGACCGCCAGGCCUUCAAGCCCACCGACAUCCUACGGACCCGGAAGACCAACUGUGACGGCUACGCUGGACUCUUUGAGAAAAUGUGCAGGAUCGCCGGCGUGCAGUGCGUGACUGUGCCUGGCUACUCCAAGGGCUUUGGCUACCAGACGGGGCAGAGCUUCUCGGGGGACUUUGACCACGCCUGGAAUGCCGUGUACCUGGAGGGGAGAUGGCACCUGGUGGACAGCACCUGGGGCAGUGGCCUGGUGGAUUCUACCACCUCCAAAUUCACCUUCCUCUACAAUGAAUUCUACUUCCUCACCCAUCCCGCACUGUUCAUCGAGGACCAUUUCCCAGACAACAAGAACUGGCAACUGCUAAAACCUCCUCAAUCUCUGAAGCAGUUUGAGAACAACAUGUAUCACAAGAGUGAAUUCUACAACAAGGGAAUGCUGAGUGCCCACCCAGAGACUUCUGUGAUCAAAACAGUGAACGGGAAAGCCACCAUCACCAUCGAGAGCUGUGCCCCAACGCUCUUCAUGUUUAUGCUCAAUGGCAAGCAGGAGCAUGGGCUGCUGAGCCUCAGGAAGAACGGGAUGAAGCUGGACAUAUACCCUCCGACGGUGGGCACCCACAAGCUGCAGAUCUUUGCCAAAGGCAGCUCCGACGUCUACAGCUCAGUGCUCGAGUACACGCUCAAGUGCAACUACGUGGACAUCAGUGUCCGGCUGCCGGCCGAGCUGCACCAGCCCGUGGGCCCCAGCUGGUUCUCAGAGCAGAUGGGCAUCGUGAAGCCCUCCCACCCCGACCCCAUCAUCCACACUGGCGACGGGCGCUGCUCGGUCAGCUUCGGCGUGGAGGAGGGCAUCAGCGUCCUGGCUUCCCUGCAUGGGGACGAGGGCCCCGUCACCGAGGAGACGCAGCAGCGCUACAUCUUCCAGGUGCAGCGGCAGAAGCGGGCAGAGCUGAAGGUCCAGCUGCCCCGGGCCGGCAAGUUUGCCCUCAAGAUCUUUGUCAAGAAGAGGCUGGAGCCGGGCAACUACGUCUUCGUCUUCAAUUAUCUGCUGUGCUGCACCAACACCAAGGUGAACUGGCCCAUGUUCCCCGAGAGCUUUGGCAACUGGGGGCAGGACAAUGAGUUGCUGGAGCCCCUGUCGGGCGUGCUUCCUGCCAAUCGGAACGUCCCGUUCAAACUGAAGCUCCACGGCGUCGCCAAAGCCCUGGUGAAGGGGCAGGACACGUGGCCCCUGACCCUGACUAGAGAGGGCUACUGGGAGGGCAGCUGCAGCACGGCCGGGUGCCGCGAGAUCUACGUCAUGGUGCUGGAGAACGCCAACCACAACUUCUACUCCUACAUCCUGAAAUACAAAGUGAACGCCCAGUGAGGCCCGGCGCCCCCCGGCCACCCCCGCCCAGAGGGCCGAGGCCAGACUUGCCCAGGGAGGGCCCUGGACACCACCAAGCCUGCACGCAGUCUCUUGGAGGCCUCUGCCUCGCUCUCUGCUCGCCACGGAGGCGGGGGUGUUGGCGUUCCCAUGGCUUCACCCGGUUGUGGCCGUGGCCCAGGGGACUGAGGCAGAGGCCCUGUAGAAGACAAAGGUGCUAUGUAAAUCCAAGGCAUUGGAAAGGGUACACCACUGCCCAGACGCCCCCUUCGCGUAGUAAUGCUCUUGUUGUCUUUAUAGGGCUGAUGUGGGAAAGCAGGGAGGUUGCCCAGACAGAAAGCUUUUUCACGUGAUGAUGAGAGAAUUCUCCUCCGUGCCCAGGAGGGACCUGAUCUGCAAGGCUGAGUCAUCCUGAAUCACAGAGCCCGUUUCGGAUAGCCUCAGUGUUUCUCACCAAUUCCUGGACCCCAGGGACGGUCGGCCUACCAUUAUUUCCCCCAGACCUGACCAUCUGCAUUCCUGCUGCCCCUCGCUCUUCAAGAGCCCUAGAAAAGAGAAGGUGUGAAGAGGAAGCUGACCAGCCCGCACCCGGCCCGAGGCUCCACGGUCCCCGGACACAAUGGCCAUGUGGCAAUAGGAAGGUCACGAGGAGGCUCCCAGGGCCCGCUCUGGGGUGCCCUGGGGGGAGGGCCAGAGGGCGGGGGACAACACAGCAGCCCUGCCACCUGAGUCUGAGGCUGUGAGGCCUCCGACUCGUGCUCCCGACGGGCCCACAGGCCAGUUCAGUCUAGGGAGUCGCUGGCCCUCCAGGCCCUCUCAGAGCCUGGGCUUCAGGCCCCAGCCUGCACUUUCACGGGGAGCUUCAGGAGGCUGCUAGGCCCUGGGGGGGGGCCCUUGGUGAUAGCCCUAAAGACCCAGGCAGGGAGGCCAGGCAGGGAGGAGUGCAAACACCGUAGUGCCAAGGAGACUCAUGAAAUAACAGGGCUCUGCCAGCCCCCAAGGCUCCCUACCAGCAAAGCCCACACAGGGGAACCUCCACCCGCUCCGGGAGCCGCUUCUGUGCUUGUCCACAUCCCAUCUCCCUUCCUGCCUGUCUCUGACAUGAGAGACCCCUGGGGUCCUGCCAUCCACGCCAGCUCCAGCCCUAGGAGCCUUAGCAGCACCUCAGGCCCGUGUUGCCAUGGCAACAGCAGCAAGGCUGGCUCCUUCCUACAAGGGCAGCCCAGAGGGAAGGAGGGAGAGGCCCUGCGUGGCCACUGCAGCCCCCUCCCAGCACAAGGAACCCCUGUAGGGGCUCCCCGCCUCCUGGCUGCUCCACUCUGUGGCCCCUCCCGUCUCCGCGCCCUCACCCGGAGAGCGGGCAGUGGCCCAGCACCGCCCCCCCCAACUACUGUUCUAAAUGUCCUCAGGUUCAGCGACAGCCAGGCCAGCUGGAUGCUCACGCCUCCUCUGCCUUCAUCCUCACAUUUGUGUAUUCGGCAAAUGUUCACGGGGCACUUAAUUAGCACAGGGCUCCGUGCUCGAUGCCGGGGUUAUGGAGGGAACCAGGGGGUCCCGCCCCUGCCAUCUCAGAGCUCAGGGUGGGCAGCAGCAGCCUCCCUCAAACAGGCCUGCCUAAAGUUCCAGGCUCCCAACACUUCAGUCCCGCAUCUCCCCAAAGGUCCCUGGUGCCACCCAGCUUGGACCUGGCCCAGAGCCAUGUGACAGGGGUGCCCAGGCUGGGGGCCUGGAACACCAGGGCAGAACAUCAUGGGGGGUCUGGGCUCUCCCCUGGACUGUGUCUUGUGCCCUCUGGCAGGCUCUGCCUCCCAAGCCUUUGGCACAGUUGACACGCACGCCUGGAAAAUGCACAAAGACCCCAGAGGCAGAACCGCUGUGCACUAACUACGACAGGAAAACAAGGGGAGUUCUUACACCCCGAAAACAGCCUUUUUUCAUACCUUUGAUUUUAUGGGCUGAAAGAAAGGUGCUGUGUUUUAUCCAAAUAGUAAGUGCCUUCUAUGACUCAUGUCACUCCCUGGACCCAGAGCCAUGGCUAGCCCCGAUGAGAACGUGUAUCUUUUUAAAAAUAAUAUAACUAAUCAGUACAUUCUGGAGCAGGCAGAGGA